UUACAGCCUAUUCAUGGUACUGGACGUCAUUGCAGCCCCUGCCACACCGGCCACACCUACACCCAUUGGUCUACUUAUCGUCCUAAAAAUUUGUGGUAUUUCAUCACCAGCCUAUAUACCAUUGAUUCUCAGUGUGGAUUGGCUAAUUGAUCGGUUCCGGACAACUUGUAACGUCAUAGGAGAUUGCUACGUUGCUGCUUUUGUAGAAAAACUUUGUAAAGCUCCUCAAGGAGAAGAUUCUUCUGCCUGCUUCGCUAACAACUGUCUUGAAGUAGUUGAAGAGAAAAAUGUUACUAAGUUGUAAGAAAAUGAUGAAAUGGUUAAAGUAGAAAUGUCUUGAGCACUGUUGUUUUGUCAAA